AUGGUUGCCGGACGAUUCCUCUUCGUUAGCAUUCUCGCUCUGAGCCAGAGCGCCCUCGGCCUGGCUGUGGGCUCUGGUGCAGAUGGCAUUAUUUCCAGCAUAAACACUAUCUCCAACGAGUGUGUGAAGCUCAAUUCCACUCUGAACGAAUUCACCGACAAUGCCCAAAUCACCGCCACUGCUCUCAAGCUCCAGGGCGAAGCCUCCGACUUGCUGAAAGACAUCAAGAACGGAGCCGAAGAAGCCAGCAAAGUCUCUAGCCUUGAGGCAGCCGACCAGGAGAAGAUUGCCAAUGCCAUAGUUCCUCUCUCGGACAAUGUUGUCUCUUUGAUCAAUGGAUUUGUUGCCAAGAAGCCUGCUUUCCAGAAGGCUGUUCUUGGAGGAUCCGCCGAUGGUCUUGUCGAGAAGGACUUACAGGACUUGAAGGAGGCUACCGAUAGCUUUGGUCAAGCAGCUCUGAAGUCCUUCUCGGGUGCUCCCAAGGAAAAGGCAACUUCCGUUUUGAAGGGGAUUGAUGAGCACUUUGCUGAUGCCAUCAAGACUUUCUCUACUUAG